GUCAGUACUUGGUAGUGCAUCGGGCCGAUAGUAGGUAUCAUCGCUUAUUCGAUAGUUAAGUCGAGUCGGAAAGUCACAGCUUAUACGAGUCUAGUCAAUACACAAAGCAAGCGAUCUUCAAACGGAACAAUAGGAAUAUAAAAAUAAAACGGUUUUGAAAAAAGUUGUUAGCCCUUCGUCUCGAUCACCGCGUUACAACAAACCGAUCGAUAUAUGCAUUUAUAAAUUUAUAGGUGUACAUCUCUGUUUGCACUUGAAAAUAUAUUCUCAAGAUCGUGUGAAGUUUUUUUUUAUCUUACUUAAAUUUAAUUAAAAACUAUUCAACUUCAAAUAGUUUUAAAAAAAAAGUCACUUUGGUAAUUGUUAUUCGGAAAAUAAAAUAUAUUCAUUUUGUGCAAACAAUUAAAAAAUUGAAUGUGCGAUUAUGCGAUUUUGUUCAGUGUCAAGUUAAAAGAUGGAAAUUAAACAAAUAAUAUACAAUAUAUCAAAUUUCAAAAAAUAUGAGAAAUAAUUUGCAUAUAUCUAAUAACAAUUUUAUAUUAUGUGAAUGUGAUUAUAUUUUUAAUCGGAAGUAUUGAAGUUCAAUACAAAUAAAUACACGAAGUAUAAAAUUUGAAAUAAAGGCGAAAAAUGGAUAAACGUCAACGGUUUUUGAUUGGAAUUUUAUUCAUUAUCGUCAUUAAUGGAGUGAAAUUAAAUUUUGCUCUUCUUCUCAAAUGCCCUAUUUAUCAACUGCAUUUUCAAAAAAUCGUUGGAUUCCGUCCAUCAACCGAUGUUAUGACCGAAAAAAACAUUCUCUACUCAGCUGAUCCGGAAAACCCGUUCGAUCUUAUCAAUCCAAUAUGCUGGGAUCUGUGUAAACAAGAUGAAAACUGCCUUUCCUACAUCCUCAUCCUAGACACAAACCAAUGUUUUGGAUUCUCUAUUUUCGACUUAUCAAACCUAUAUCAACAAAUGGGUCAAGAUUUGGAACUUAUAGCCGAUACCAAUGCCAUAUAUUUUGAAAAGACAUGCUUAAAAGUUCCUGACAAUUGUAACAUGAAAAUGUGGAUCUUAACGAAAAUGCCAGGAAGUAGUUUGGUAUUCCGAGGAAAAAAGACCAUCCCCACGCUCGUGACCAAGCGCGAAUGUGCUGAGCGAUGCUUAUUCGAAAAACAGUUCGCCUGCCUUUCAGCUUCGUUUGCUCCAUCAUACAAAAACAAUCAAGCUCGCUUAAGCGAGCAGAUGCCACAAAUCGAAAAGUUGGGUCGUUGCGUACUCAGCGAUAAGGAUAAAGUCCUGCAGCCAGAUGCCUUUCGAGCUGCCCCCUUCGAAGAGGAAUACAUCGAGAACCAGUGCCAAGAGCGCCCAAUCGAGAGGGAAAACUGCUCCUAUGAGCUCUAUUCAAAUAGUACGUUCAUCUAUGCGGAAGCCAGGCAUAAUGGACUAACCCAAAAAGAGUGCCAAGCCAGGUGCUCCAGUGAGACGAAAUUCUAUUGCCAAGGUGUUUCGUAUUUUUUGGAUCAACUCACUGCCAACUCGGAGUGCUAUUUACAUUCGGAAGAUAUCAUCUCGAUUGGGCCGAGGAGCUUGAAAUUCAAACCGAUGUCCGUGUAUAUGCGAAGGGUGAAAUGCUUAGAUGUAUCAGUUAUCUGCAGUCACGAAGAAAUGGUUGUCAAAUAUUCACCGAACGACUUCUUCCGUGGUAAAAUCUAUGUCCGUUCACAUUCUGAAGAUUGUAUGACAAUGGGAAAUGGAACAAGAUCAACUUUACUGCGUUUGGCUAUUGGAAAUGAAAUUCAAGAAAAACGAUGUGGAAUUCUUCGGGCAUACGAAGUUACAAAAAACUACCAAAGAACUUUUAUAUCUGCUAUGAUUGUAGUACAAAACAACCUCAACGUUCAAACUCAAGCUGAUCGUUUAGUCAAAGUCGGUUGCAUUAUAAGUAAUUCAACUAUCACAGAAGCUCAAAUACCAAAUGCUGUAGCUCUAGAAUCAUCUCUUGCCUUUACACAAAAUGAAUUGCCCAAUGAAGAAUUUAUCCAUUUCAUUGACACAACAAACUUAGACCUUCCCAAAAUAUCAAUGCAAGUUAUUGAUCUAAAUCAAAACUAUCAAACAAACGACGUUCAAAUUGGUCAAAGUCUUGAGCUACAAAUCAUUGCCCAACCACCUGAUACUCCAUUCGAUUUUGAUGCCUUCUCGCUAGUUGCCAAAUCGAGCAAUAACACAAGCUUAAUUAUUCUCAUUGACGAAAAAGGUUGUCCAACUGAUGUCUCAAUAUUCCCUGCCCUUACAAAGGUGACAACAGCUGACACAAAAAUGCUUUAUGCCCGAUUCCAUGCAUUUAAAUUUGCGGGCAACUCUUUGGUGAGUUUUGAUGUGAAAAUAAAUUUCUGUCCCGGAAGAUGUCCGCCAAAAAUGUGCCACCGAUCUAUGAAGAGAAAUCGGAGAUUUGCCGAUGGGUAUCAAUUGUACGGCGAUUCGGUGCACGUAAAGAGUCCGGUUUAUGUGUCAACAAUUAUGGAACAAGUUGUAAGUAGUAAUUUAACAAACGAAUACAAACCUCCAGACUCGUAUCAAAAUGGACCAGCGGUGUUUAGCAGACUUCCAUACAAUAUCGAAGUUCCAUUAAAUUAUGACAUAAACGUUCGUGGACCUAAUAUUGUCGACACAAAUGGUCUGAUCUAUGGAGAAAGAGGAAUUGUGCUUGUUGCAGGAGUUGAUGGAUCCUCGAAGGAGAACAUUUGUAUUAAUCAAAGUCUUUUAAUUGCAAUGCUUAUAUUCUGGCUGAUUAUUCAGGUGGCACUUAUGUUUAGCUGUUGUUAUUUAAUUCAAAAAUAUAAACGUCUGGCUUCGUUAGAUGAGGAACGAAGAAAAAUUCAAGAUAGCAUAGAUUACUAUGAGGGACGGCGAGUCCAUUGGGCCGAUCAAGGGGGCUACACGUUAUAGUUUCAAUCGUUUAAAAUUAAAAUUUUUGUUAUUUAAUUAGAUAGUUGGUAAUAAUAUACUUUAAGAAAAUAAAAUUCAACGUACCUGUUUAAGUAUUUA